AACAACUCAAGUCUGAAACAUAAUCUCACCUCCGUACACACAAUAAAGACCCCAAGUCAAAAAGGCUCACAGGUCUCAGCUGACCGACCGACCGACCCGCACGACUGUUCCCUCAAAUCUACCCAAAACCCGAUCCAAAAUCCUCCGAUUCCAGAUCCACACGCGUCGCAGAUCCGCAGCAAUGGCGAAACUGUAACACUAGUGCAACCAAGAAGAGGUUCCCAGCUCUCUCAUCGGUUAAAUGGCGAUCACAAUAAAAGGCAAGUUCAUUCUCAUCUACUUCCUCUUGGUUUUCUCAUCCUCUAACCCCUUAGUCAAAUCCAAUUCCCAUGAACUACCCGAAACCGAAACCGAAACCGAACCCAAUCAGCAACAGCUUGUGUUGCAGCGUCUGGAGGAGAUAGUGAGAAACCUGACUGAAAUAGUAGCUAGGUUAGAAUCCAAGCUGUCGGAGACGAAAGUGGUAGAGGGAUUAGUCUCGCCUAAACUAGAAAAUGAAAAACACGGCGGGCAAAAAGAAAAAGUGCAACAAGGAGAGAGGGCGAGGGCAGUUUCGGUAACGAAGUUCAGUCCGUUUUGGUCGGACAGGUUUCAGUUUGUUUCGGCUGUGAAAUUGGAUUCCCAGGCGACAUGUAUCCACGUGUUGCCGUUCCGGGAUCACGAGGGGGGUAGUAAGUACGUUGCGGUUGGGGAUGAGAGAGGGAGGGUUUAUGUGUUUCUGAGAAAUGGGGAUGUUGUGGUGGAGUUUGAUACGCUGUUGGGGUCACCCGUAAUGGCCAUGGCUUCGUUCUUGUCGAUUUAUAAGAACGAGAGCUUUGUGGUGACGGGGCAUAAGAAUGGGGAGAUUUUGAUGCAUAGGGUUUGGGAGGGGGUGAGUGGAGAAGAGUGGAGUACGGUGAUGAUGGAGAGUGUGAGCAAGUUUGAUAUCGGGGAAGACGGGCUGCCGGUUACUAUUUUGGAGGUGCAUCAUGUUGGGAGGAUGAGUUACAUACUGGCCAGUGAUGUGAGUGGGAAGAUUACGGUUUAUAAAGAGAAUGGGACAGUUCAUGGUUCCACUAUGCCGUCGAGUAGGCCGCUUGCUUUCUUGAAGCAGCGGCUUCUGUUUUUGACGGAGACGGGUGCAGGGUCAUUGGACUUGAGGACCAUGAAGAUUAGGGAGUCUGAAUGUGAAGGGUUGAAUCACUCGCUGUCUCGGUACUAUGUUUUUGACGCCAUGGAGCGGUCUAAAGCUUACGGGUUUACAUCAGAAGGUGACCUGAUUCAUGUGCUGUUGUUGGGGGAUGUGAUGAACUUCAAGUGCAGGGUUAGAUCCAAGAAGAAGUUUGAAAUGGAUGAGCCUCUUGCUUUCCAGGCGAUAAAGGGGUGUUUGCUUAUUGUUAGCGGGGAGAAGGUUUUCGUGUAUAAUGUGUCGUCCCAACAUUAUGUUAGGGUGGGUGCUCCUCGACUUAUCUUCUCUGCUGGUCUUGAUGAGAUUAGAUCGUCCUUUCUAAAUUAUCAGACCAUGGAUGCUGAUGCAGAGAAAAGAAAUGAGAUACCGUUAAUUGCUAGUGAUCGCGAAAAGCUUGUUGUUCUUGGUCUUGGCGGAGGGUAUGUAGGAAUGUAUCGCUCGAACCUUCCUGCAUCUAAAGGUGAAUUUAGUACGAUGCUAUGGACUAGCCCUGUAUUCUUCUUUGUACUUUUCCUAUUUGGAGCUUGGCAAUUUUUCGCUAAGAAGAAAGAAGCACUCACUUCAUGGGGACCCGAUGAUCCAUUUAGUUCGACUUCAGCUACAACAGGGGCUCCAUUGGGUGGAAAUAGCACUGGAGAAAGGUCUUUUGUGGACUCUUCAUCAAGAAAUGCUGAUAUGAUGGAUAUUAGAGGUGGUGGUCUCAGAGGUCCAUCCAGGAGGUACGUCUCUCCUCCACGGUAUGCAGGUGGAGCUACAAGUUCAUUUAGGCCAGGUACGAACGAUCAUAACCCGAGACCAUCAUCUGUUGAUCCUAAUUUUCGAACAGCUUCAGAGCUGAAAUUCAGAGGGUCUGCGUUAGAAUCUUCGGGAUUCCCAAAACGGAGGGAAAGUUUGUUUGUGAACAACCAAGUUAUGGAUGAUAGCAACUGACCUGUAUAAUCACUUUCAUGUACUUUCACUUCAGAAGUUCGUUUAAGGUUUAAUUCUUAGAUCACUCAGAUGGCAGUUUAAGGCCAUUUGAACCUGCACUUCUUGUACUUGUAACAUUACUUCAAAGUCUUCAAUCAACAAUAAAACAUAGAAAAGAAAUAUGAUGAUAAGUCGGUGUAUCUGCUACUAAA